AUGUGGCUGCUGUUGCUCGAGCAGAGCGCGGUUGACAACCUUGUUGAAGAUGGAAUCCGUGCCCACGGGUCGAAACUUGCCAUUGGCCUUCUCCAGGAUAGUGUAGUUGAUGGAGCAAAGGGCAUGUCGAAUCGACUCGGGCACGGUGUUGUUGGCAAUGUGGUGAAAGAUCUUGUUCAAGGCAACCUGAGGACCUCCAGUGGCGGUGGUGGGGCCCUGAGGCGCGUCUCCAUCAGAAGGAGCAGUCGGGUCGCUGGUAGAACCCUGGCGUGGGCCCAAGACUUGACUGAAGUGCUCCUUGAUGCGGUAGAUGGAGGCAAGAAGCUCACCAGACCAACCAUAGGGGUCAGUGACGCCCUUCGUGGCCGCCAACGCCUUGGGGAGCUCACCCUUGGUGAAGGAUAA